UGUAUGUGUAUGUGUAUGUGUAUGUGUAUGUUACUUUUGCCAUGUUUUCUUUGCUUCUCUCUCUUGAACCGCCUAGCCACAUGAGUUGUACUUGAAUUUGCGAAGGCUUUAAAGCCAGUGUGUUGAGUUUAUGAAGGCCAACUUUCUUUUUUCCCACUUGGAGGCUUCAGUUAAGGUAAAGAUAAGUGAGGAAUUUCUGGUGACUUCUAUAUGGUUAAAGAAGGGAUAUCAGAUUUAAAACGGGGUUAUGGUUUGUGUUAUAUAGAGAAGCUAACUGGGAUAUGAGUAGCCGGCUGCUAUACAAGGUUGGUUAUUUCAUUGAAGAUUUCAAGAGUUUGAGGCAACGAAGGUAGCAUCUAUCGACAGAAACGAAAGGGGGGGGGGGAGAAUAACAAGAAGCAAUGAAUAAGAGUAAUCUGAGCUCCAUCAGCAGCUCCGAUCUCAUCGAUGCAAAACUCGAAGAGCAUCAGCUGUGUGGAUCCAUGCACUGUCCCGGUUGCGGUUACAAACUCGAAGGAAAACCGAACUGGUUAGGUCUACCAGCGGGAGUGAAAUUUGAUCCAAUAGAUCAAGAACUGAUAGAACACCUGGAAGCAAAAGUGGAAGCUAAAGACAAGAGGUCUCACAAUUUGAUUGAUGAGUUCAUCCCAACAAUUGAAGGAGAAGAUGGAAUUUGUUACACCCAUCCUGAGAAACUCCCAGGUGUGACCAGAGAUGGAUUAAGCAGGCAUUUCUUCCAUAGACCAUCAAAGGCUUAUACCACCGGGACAAGAAAAAGAAGGAAAAUUCAAACUGAAUGUGACUUGCAAGGUGGAGAAACAAGGUGGCACAAAACCGGCAAGACAAGGCCGGUCAUGGUGAGUGGCAAACAAAAAGGUUGCAAGAAAAUCCUGGUUCUCUACACAAAUUUUGGGAAGAACCGAAAACCCGAAAAGACUAAUUGGGUCAUGCACCAAUAUCAUCUGGGUCAACACGAGGAAGAGAAGGAAGGGGAGUUUGUGGUGUCCAAGAUAUUUUAUCAGACUCAACCGAGGCAGUGCAACUGGUCUGAUCGAACUGCUGCAGCAGCUGUUGAAGGAACCAAGGUUGUUGUCUUCGACCCCAACAACCGGCGAGAUAGCGGCGUUCGAAAUUGUUCCUCAAAGGAACAAUUAAUCCCUCUUAGAGAGGAAGUUUCGGGAGCCGGGGUUGCCGCCGCGGUUGCUUUAUCAAGCCUAGCCGGUGCCUUGGAUAUCCAACACUUGAAACCUGAUCAACUUCUCAGUUUCUCUCCGUUUAGUAAAAACUUCGACGAGGUGGGGAUUGGAGAAGCUUCGGCAGCAAGGAAAACACCGACUCAAGGGAUACCGGAGCAUCACCGGGAGACAGAUCAUAUGGUCCAUGAUCAUCAUCUUUUUCAUCAUCACCACCAGCAGCAGCAGAUUCCUACGACGGCGUUCCAUAUUAGCAGGCCUUCACAUCCAAUUUCCACAAUCAUCUCGCCACCUCCCCUCCACCACACCUCCAUCAUCCUUGAUGAGGACUCCUUUCAUGUCUCCAGAAUAUUGCUUCCAAACGAAAGUUUCCAGCAGCAAAAUCAUAAACUGGGAGGAAGGUCUGCAACAGGUUUGGAAGAACUAAUAAUGGGCUGCACUUCAACUGAUAUCAAAGAAGAGUCACCAAUCACGAACCCACACGAGGCUGAAUGGUUGAAGUACUCUUCUUUCUGGCCUGAACCUGACCACCAAGGCUAAAAAUUAAAGUUGUAGACAAACCUUCCAAAAAUAAUUAAAACCAAGCCUACCUCUGGUAAAAGUCCUUUCAAAGGAGAGAGAAAGAAUCCAGAACACCAUAUAUAUAUAUAAGUACUAUAUGUAGUUUGUUCUUUUACUUUGUUUUUGUUUAAUGGGGGGUGGAAGCCUGUUUCCUUACUCUCAAGGCUCAUUUACCUGUACAAUAUACAUAGUUCAAGUCGUUGGAAAGAAAGAAUAAAAAUGAAAGGCAAGGUAAAAAAGCAAAAAAAGAAAGCAGGGGAAAAGGCUGCUCUCUCCUGACAAAUACAAGGACUCA